GAGAAGUAAAGCAUUAUCUUGGAGCCCACAAAACCCCAUUUGCUCCACAUUACAAUGAAAUAGAAACUUGCGCGCAUGCAUUCAUUCAUUCUUAUUCUACAACUCAUCCUUUAUCUCACUUUUUUGGACGUUUCUUUUUUCUUCUGCCCGACAAGACAAAUCACAUUAUUGUUCAUAAUUUCCACUGCACACGAAAUCAGACACUCUUAAUCAUUUCUUCAACGGAGUUCUACUCUAAAUCCACCAGUUUUGAGGCAUCAGUUUACAGCAAAUUUACAGGAAGUCUUAUGUCGUACGACGAAGUAGGUCAAAUGGAUCACAUGGAGGAUGAGAGAGAUGGGGUAGAUUCCAUGGAUGAAAUGAAUGAGGAAUACUAUGCUGCUGAAGAUGAAAUCUUGGAUGAUUAUGAGAUGCUUACUAAAGUGACGGAUACAUCGGCUGCACAAGCAAGGAAAGGGAAAGAUGUACAGGGAAUUCCCUGGGAUAGAUUAAAUAUAACAAGGGAAAAUUACAGAUUGACAAGGCUUGAGCAGUAUAGGAAUUAUGAGAGCAUACCUUCAUCUGGGGAAGCUAUUGAUAAGCAGGAAUGCAAACCAACUGAGAAGGGAAGCGACUACUUCGAGUUCUUUCACAAUUCAAGAUUAGUGAAGCCUACCAUCCUUCAUUUCCAGCUCAGGAAUUUGGUGUGGGCUACCUCAAAACAUGAUGUGUAUCUCAUUUCUAGCUAUUCAGUCAUGCACUGGUCAUCAUUACUUCAGAACUUGACCGAGGUUCUUGAUUUCUCUGGUCAAAUAGUGCCUACUGAGAAACAUCCAGGGAGCUUGUCAGAAGGUUUUACACAAACACAGGUCAGCACACUUGCAGUGAAGGACCGUUUUCUGGUGGCAGGUGGCUUCCAUGGAGAACUUGUCGGUAAGUGUUUGGAUAAACCGGGUGUAAGCUUUUGUGCGAGGACCACUUUUCAGGAGAAUGCUAUUACAAAUGCCAUUGAAGUAUUUAACAGCUCUAGCGGUGGACUUCAUUUCACAACAUCAAACAAUGACUGUGGUGUAAGAGAAUAUGACAUGGAGAGGUUUCAGCUCUUAAAUCAGUUCAGUUUCCCUUGGCCAGUGAAUCAUACAUCAGUGAGUCCAGACCGGAAGCUUCUUACAGUUGUUGGAGAUGACCUUGAUGGAUUACUAGUAGAUGCUCGUAAUGGGAAGACAGUCGCUUCAUUCAUGGGUCAUCAGGACUACUCAUUUGCUUCUGCAUGGCAUCCCGAGGGAAGGAUCUUUGCCACGGGAAAUCAAGACAAGACAUGCAGAGUAUGGGACUCGAGAAACCUGUCAUUGCCUGUAACAAUUCUCAAGGGAAAUAUGGGCGCAAUCAGAUCCGUCCAUUUCUCAUCAGACGGGCAGUUCCUGGUGAUGGCCGAACCUGCAGAUUUCGUGCAUAUCUACAGUACUAAAGCAGAUUUCAAAAGAAGGCAAGAGAUUGAUUUCUUUGGGGAGAUAUCAGGUGUAUCUCUGAGUCCAGAUGACGAGUCUCUCUAUAUUGGACUCUGGGAUAGAACCUAUGCAAGCUUGCUACAUUAUAAUCGAAGACAUACAUUUGGAUAUCUUGAUUCCUUAAUGUAAUUGUCUGAGGUACUUGGAUAUUGUCUCUAUUGGUUCAAGUUAAAUUUGUGUUUGGUAUCGAUGAGUUCGGAUGGGACAAUGAGUUUUUUGGGUCUUUUACAUAGUUCGGUAUGUGUACAGCUGAAGCAUUUUUGAAAGAAGAAAGCCUUCGGUCGUAGAAAGAGACAAUAUCCAAGAAAGUUGUACCGGAGAAUUGCAUAUGGAAGUGUCAUUCGGAAAAAAAGUUACAAAAAUGCUAUUGAUAACUGUAUUUAUUUAUUUGAUGUGGUAGAGUGAUUUUGCUGGUCAGAGUAAGAUCAAUAAAAACCAUUUUAUGAAUCAAAUAUAAUCAUUUAGUAGA